CCCUCCCACAGCCGGAGCUCUGACUUGCGCCUGCCCAGUGUGUUUGUCUGGUUUCUCCUUCACUGUGUCCCGAGCAGCGCUGUGAAACUCUGCACGCUCCGCCCCACAAAUAAAGACAUGGAAGAUAAAGGAGUGGGAAGCGUGGUACAGCAGGACAAGACAGGAAAAUGCAAACAGGCAGAGAACAAAAGCUGCUGUCAUCACCACAAACCCAAGGGACCUGGUACAAUGGCUGUCCCUCCUGCAUACUCAGACUUGGGGAAAUCUGCCAAAGACAUCUUCAACAAGGGAUUUGGCUAUGGAGUUGUGAAGCUCGACGUUAAGACCAAGUCCCAGAGUGGCGUUAUGGAGUUUGCCACCUCUGGCUCCAACAACACAGACACAGGGAAGUCAGGAGGCCACCUGGAGACCAAGUACAAAGUGAACGAGCUGGGCCUCAACUUCAAUCAGAAAUGGAACACAGACAAUACUCUGACCACAGAAAUCACCAUGGAGGACCAGCUGGCUAAGGGCCUGAAGCUCGGUCUGGACUCGUCGUUUGUGCCCAACACUGGCAAGAAGAGUGCUAAGCUGAAGACCAGCUACAAGCGUGACUUUCUCAAUGUGGGCUGCGAUCUGGACUUCGACAUGGCCGGUCCCACCAUCCAUGCAGCUGCUGUGCUGGGCUACGAGGGCUGGCUGGCUGGCUACCAGUUGGCGUUUGACACGUCCAAAUCUAAACUGACCCAGAACAACUUUGCCCUUGGUUAUAAGGCCGGUGACUUCCAGCUUCACACCAGCGUUAAUGAUGGCACAGAGUUUGGUGGCUCCAUUUACCAAAAGGUCAACGGCAACUUGGAGACAGCGGUCCACCUGGCCUGGACAGCUGGCAGCAACAACACACGAUUUGGAAUUGGAGCCAAAUACCAGCUGGAUAAGGAUGCUUCCCUGUCUACCAAAGUCGACAAUGCCUGCCUUGUUGGAGUUGGAUACACACAAACCCUCAGGCCAGGAGUGAAGCUCACCCUCUCAGGUCUGAUUGAUGGGAAGAACGUGAACGGUGGUGGACACAAAGUCGGCAUGGGUUUCGAGCUGGAGGCAUAAAGAUUCAGAAGCAGGACAGAUGAGAAGAGAGGAAAGCAACACAAAAGAACCCACAUGUGAAAACACCACAAAGGUCCACUCAGCGACACGUAAAUAUAUUUCCCUCUGAGUCCUACACACAUAUGCACACAUACUUUGGCCUUAACCCUGAAACCCCAAGCAGCCUCAAGGACCUCCAGUACUGUAACUUUUAAAGGAGUCAAGCAUUGUUUUGUGUUGGUUAUUUUUAAAUUUUACAUUAUUCACAAGUCCCCCCACCAACUUUUGAGCAUAAAUGAUCAGAAUACAAUAAAA